CUUCUCCUCUCGAGUUUCUCUCUCCUUGUGCUUCCUCAUUCUCUAGGUCUAUCCGUCUAUGGCUAACCCUCAGACUCGCUGCUGGUUUUCUCAGGUGGAACUGAAAUUAAUGGCGUCGUUGAAGAGAUUUGACAACUACGCUGUUUCUGAUGACGGAUGAAGGACUGCACAAAUUGUUCAGUGUCCUUGGUAAAUUUUAACAAGUGUUGGAGACAUUAGAUGAAUUUUGAUCGAGACGUUUGAGAUUGCAUGUCAGAUGAAAUCACUGAAGCUCUUGCUAUAUGAAUAUUGCUUGGACACCGAUACAUCUUGAUUGAGCACACGCGAAAUCAGAAUGGUUCCGGGGUGGUGGGACUGUUGAAUUAGUGUGCUGAGUUCAGAAUUUGACAUGUAUGAUAUUGUUAAGGACUACAUUCUUUAUGGAAUGGUGUAUCAAAACCCUACGAGAAACCAUCAGAGCCUUUUUUUUGGCUUAUUUCCAAAAUCAGUUGUCACAUUACUCAGAUCCUCCGACGGGCAAGGGAAUUGUUUUGUUUCAGCAAUGGAAGGUUCCCGAAUAUUCUUCCAGUCUUUAAAUGCUGCAGUACUCUUGUUUUCACGUGUUACAAAUAUUCCGACAGAAAGUCUCGUGCUCCCUGUGAUAUACACAAAUGACAAACUCACGUUGGGAUGUGAAUUGUGGGAUGUACAUGGGCAAAAUCAAAUAUCGCACCUAUUGGAUCUAUUCAACCUGUUGAUAAGAAAGUAUCUUCUGUUCCAGCAUUGGCUUCAAGAACAAAGAGAAUACUCUACAUGUCAAGCGAGGGAAGAAACUUGUUACACGAGGUUAGUGAUUUUUAUGGUUUUUGGUUGUCUGAUUAUUUUUUUUCAGAUCUCUCAUAUUUUACGCAGGUUAGUUUAGACUCACCAACUUCCUAUUAGACGUGCUAAUCUUUCGGUAACACCCGUCCAUGUCUUAUGCCAUAACCUGACACCCACUCUUAUUUACUGAAAGCAAGUGAGUUCCCCACUUUGCGAACCCCCGCAUCAAAUUGACUGACAGUUUUAUGAGGGGCCAAGCCUCCUACCUAAUAUAUCCCUAAUCUCCCUUGGGACAAUACACCUCUCCAGAUCUUGAGCACGCUUCUAUCCAGAAUUGAGAGGGACAAAGGAGAAAAUGAGUUUGAAUGGGUAAUAUUGAAUAGAGUUAGUGUGUCUUUUUGGAUUAAAUAGGAUGCGUUCCACAUGUAAUAUUUCCUCUGACAUCCACUAAUACCUGUAAAAUCUUCAGCUGAUUCUGUCUCGAAGUUGAAAUCUGUUUUUUAGCUAAAUGAUGCCUUAAUUGAGAUUGUGUAUAUGUGAAGAUGAAUUGAUGUAAGUCAUGCCUUGGUACAUAAGUGUUAUCUUCUUAA